GUGCGACGAACUGUCCACGCCCUCGAUUCGGAGCUGUUUCGUCCGUGAGGAGAACGCCUCGUGCCUGGGCGUGGUUCCGCGGGCGCUCCAUUUCCCCGUGCGGCGUAUCAGGGUUUCGUUCCUUACCAGUCCUGGGAGAUCUUCCCUCAACAGUGGAUGAGACAGCCAAAAGGAAGCGGUACUGUAAACGUCCGGCUCGGGCAGGGUCCAACCGCACCACGGGACGGCCUGUUCUUAAAAAAAACUGUUCGACGCCCUACAUCCAUCACAGUUCAUGAUCACCUUCCACUGCGGUACUCCCAGUGAUCCUUCAGUUCCCCGAUAUUCACACGUCCGCUCGAAUCCAGCUUCCUAGGAGGCUGCUGAUGCUUGAGCUUCGUGUUCGGCCGUGAGGACCCCUGAUACCUGGAUCAGCUUCCAUACUCCAUACUUGAAUAUGCUUCCCUCGACGGCAGACCUUGCAGGAGCUCCCUCCACCAGACAAUGAAGCCCGCAGACGACUCUCAACCCCCUGCAGUUGUCAGGAAGAAAGGCGUCGUGUUCUGGCUUAUUUUCCUCUCAAUUUGCGUUGCUCUUUUCCUGUCCGCUCUCGAGCUCACCGCCGUAUCCACUGCUCUCCCUACCAUUGCUCACGACCUCCAUGCGUCUGAUUUCGUCUGGGUCGGCUCUGCAUAUGCUCUCUCAUCUACUGCGUUCUUGCCCAUGAGUGGCGGCAUCGCCCAGAUGUUUGGCCGUCGACCCGCUCUUCUGGGGGCGCUUGCGCUCUUUGCGCUCGGCAGCGGUAUAUGUGGCGGCGCGAGCAGUAUGACGAUGUUGAUUGCUGGAAGAACUGUCCAAGGUCUUGGGGGUGGCGGAAUCCAAUCAUUGUCGUCCAUCAUCGUCGCCGACUUGGUCACCCUGCAAGAGCGUGGCCUAUAUGCAGGCCUCUUCGGAUUGACAUGGAGUAUUGCUGGCGUGAUUGGUCCCGUCGUGGGUGGUUCACUUGCCAAUGAGGGCCAAUGGCGUUGGCUCUUCUACUUGAACCUUCCUAUCUGCGGGGCGGCAGCCAUAUGUACUCAGCUAUUCUUGAAGCUUCCCACACCACCAGGCACUUUUUCCGAGAAAAUGAAGCGACUGGACUGGAUCGGAAACACGCUCAUUAUUGGAGGAACAACCGCCGUGACAAUUGCGCUGACCUGGGGAGGGGUCACUGCACCAUGGCACUCAGCCCAGGUGCUUGUCCCGCUCAUCGUCGGGCUUGUCUUACUCGUUCUCUUCAUGCUAUGGGAAGCUCGAUGGGCGUCCCACCCUCUGGUCCCCAUAUCUCUCUUGUCCAAUCGAACUAGUCUCUCUGGAUAUAUACAGACAUUCUUUAUCAGCGUCGUGGCCCUCGCAGUCGUUUACUACCUUCCCACAUACUUCCAGGGAUGCAAAGACGCGUCGCCAAUCAAGUCUGGCGUCAUGUUGCUUGGACUCGCCACUUUGGCUCCCGCCGCGCUCCUAGCUGGAGUUAUCGUGAAUCGUUCCCAUCGCUAUCGGCCUCAGAUGUGGUUCGGAUGGUGCUUGGUUCUUCUUGGGCUGGGUCUCCUCACCACUUUGAAGGCGCAAGACGGCGUGAGUCGAGCGAUCGGAUUCAGCGUUCUGGUUGGCGUUGGUAUAGGGUCGCUGUACUCGACGGUCAUCUUCCCUGUGCAAGCGCCACUCCCUGUCUCGCAGAAUGCUCGCGCGCUAGCGUUCUUGCAAUUCUUGCGAUCCUUCGCGGGUGUGUGGGGUGUCACCAUCGGUGCAACUGUCCUACAGAAUGAACUGCAGCAGCGCGUCUCUCCAUCCUUCCUGGAGAACUUCCCCCAAGGCGUAGGGAUCGCAUACGCCAUCAUACCCCAGAUACCCUCCCUUCCGGGCCCACUGAAGAGCGACAUUCACGGCGCGUUUGCUGGAAGUCUACAGGUGGUGUGGCAGGUGCUCAUAGGCAUCGCCGGGAUUGGUUUCAUAUCCUCGCUGUUCAUGGAGGGCUUGCCUCUCCAUGCGGCUUUGGAUGAGGAGUGGACCUUGGGCAACCAGGAAGCUACGGAGAAAAAGCGGGACCCGGAGGACGUUUCCCUUCCUGAGAUCCGUGCAGCUAACCUGUGA